GUCAUAUAAUAUCUUUAAUUCCAUAAUGGCACACUCACGGUACGAGUUCGAAAGCUUCAACGAGAAGCAAAGCGAGUCCCGUACUUAUAAUCGCCAAUCUUAUUCCGUACCAAUCGAGAAUGUUCCUAUUCCGGCACAUCUGCUUCGAGCAUCCGUAAACCUCACAUCCGUACGCGACACCCAUGGCAACCCAGGAUGGGAGUACCAGCCGGGAGACGAGGAGAAGAGAGCAUCAGGGAGAAAAGAAAGCUUAAAUAGGAAGGAGAGUCUUGCACAUCGGCUUAACAGUCGGUCAACGUCUCGUCCCACCAAAUCAGCCAGCCAAAAGCUACAGAACUCACAACGUUUCGACCGCCGCUCAGUCAUGUUUCAAGAUGAUAUGCCACCAUCGAGUGAAGCCGAAAUCAUGGCAAAAAGGAAGAGUCGCUAUCGAUCUUGGGUACCCGAUGAUGAGGUUCUCACUACCUCAAGACCAAACAGCGCACUUGAACCUACGUUUCGUCAACAAGGUCGACUGGCUACUAGCAAUCCUUUCGAGGACCCCAAACAAGGCACCCAAUCCAGCUCCAGCUCGUUUUGGUCCAACGAUGAUCCUUUCGCAACACGUCCGAGUUCUCGUGACGAAAACGUCAAGAGCUCCAAGGAACCUGAUGUCGCAUACACCCCUGCCGGUCAGCACCGCAGGAAGGGUACGCUCGGAUCCAUCGUUGGUGCAGUUGUACCUGAUGUUCUUGCGAGGAAGAUGAGCCUUGCCCACGGCCUGCAAAGGAAAGGCUCUGUGUGGAAGACUUACGAGAAUGCGAAGAAGCGAAGCGCCGAGAUGCAGAGAGAGAAAUGGGCGCAGAUUUUGUUCGAAUACGGCAUAUAUCUGCUCCUACUUUGUUUUAUCUACUUUGUUCUCAUCGGUAGACCCCUGUGGUACGGAGCUGUAUGGUGGACGUACUGGGUAGUCGAGAACAAAUUUGUGUUCGCCGGCGGAUUCGCCAUCACUCUCGGUAUCGCUUUGUUCUAUGCCUUCGCUCCCCUUCUGAUCCUUUUCGAAAAGGACCCACCCCCGGCCGAGUCCACCACAGAGACCAAAGUACAGGACAACGUCAAGGAAACUGCCCUUCUGAUCCCUUGCUACAAGUCUGCUCAUCUCAUUGCUGCUACCCUCGAAUCCGCCUUGAAGAUCUUUCCCGCGUCACACAUCUUCGUUCUGGCCAACGGAAAUAGCCCUACGCCACUUGACAAUACUGAGGAGAUUUGCGAGCCGUAUGGAGUCAACCAUCUGUGGUGUCCGAUUGGCUCAAAGAUCGUCGCACAGUAUGUCGGAGCCUACGCCGCCAAGGCUUUCAAAAACGUUUUGCUCAUCGACGACGAUUGUGCACUCCCUGACAAUUUUCCUGUGGUGACCGAUCGCCUACGCGGAAACGUCAUGUGUCUUGGUUACACUAUCAAAAGUGUCGGACCCAACUCCAGCAAGGGUAAUUUGUGUCAGCAAGCACAGGAUCUUGAGUAUAAGCUUAGCGGUAUUCAGCGCGAGUUUGCUGGUAAGGUCGGCUCAGCCACGUUCCCUCACGGCGCUAUCGCUCUCUGGGAUCGUGAACUGCUCAUUAAAACCUUCCAUGAGCAUCCUGGAUUUAGUGUCUCCGAAGAUUGGUUCUUCGGUCACGUUGCGCGUAAGCUCGGUUCGCGUAUCAAGAUGUGCUCGCAAGUUUUUGUGGAGACAGAGACACCGGCCGCCGUCUUCUUCUCUUCUGGUGGUGCUCGGGGUGGCUUCGGUGAAAUGACCAUCUUUCAGCAGCGUUUCAAACGUUGGAAUUUCUUCUUCGUCAACGGAAUGUACUACAACAUGGCAUACAUCCUGGGAAGCUGGAAACUCGGGUGGUGGGAGAUCGGUGCUAAAAUCUUCGUCUUCCAAGAGGUCUACGAAACGCUCCUUUACCUCGUCUCACCAUUUAUUUUACCUAUCUCAUUCAUAGUCAGGCCCAGUUUUGCUGGUAUCCUACUAGGCGCUACUAUUGUCAUGUACUUGCUUAACACCGUUAUAUUUAACGAGGUCCACCUACGCCGCAAGAACGAACGCCUUGGAUGGGUACUCAUCUACGUCUACUAUCUACCUUACAAACUGGUUCUUACCGCUGUCAACGUAGCAAGCUGCUAUUGGUCACUCUUCAAAUAUGCUCGUUACUUCGCCCAGCGUCACCCCAAGGUUAUUGAGGACGAAAAGGCCGUUGAGGUCAUCGUGCGUCUGGAAGAAACCCAGAUGGCCGCUGGCGCCGGUUCCGGUGGUCUGGGCCGCAAACUCACAGUUCGAACAGCUGGCGCAAAGGGGAUGCACAUCGAUUCCGACCAGGAUAGCGUCGAUCCUUACGAACAAGCAGCAGCCGAAGGCAUUGCAGCCGUUGAUUACGCAUCGGCGCCAGCUACCACCAAAAGUUCCGAUAUCAAGCACCAGUCGUCUCACCCUUACAACAACGCUAGAAAUAGUAGGCGGGCUAGCCAAUAUCGGUUGUCCCACCAAACCAGUCGAAACUCGAGAGACUCCAGACAUGCGCCAAGAUCAGCUGGUGCAGGUUUUUUCUAGUGUCCUCCUCUUUACUCUUUUUCUUUUCUUGUACAUACUACCACUUAGGAUUUCUUUGGCGUUAAUAUUGGCGACUCGGGAAGAGUGGAAGUCACACUGCUCAAGACGGGCCUUUCCUUACCAAACUUCACUUCGAAACACACUCUUAUUACCACGCUUAGCAUCAUCAAUGUUAAUCAUAAAAUGUCAGGCGUCUGACGUCGGAGCGAUUCAAUUUCUUGCCAUUAUGUUCGACACUAGUUCAAGACGUUAAGAGCCAAUGUGAUACUCUACUCGUCACGAGUAGGUAGAUGAAGUCGAUGUAGACGCUUUAGAAUGGUUAUUUCACC